AUGGCUCCACACCCUGAUGGCUCAAACCGAGUUUUUGUCUGCAACCAACAAGAAAUGGGACUCAUGAGCAUGGCAUUCCAUCCAAACUUCACCACUAAUGGCAGAUUCUUUGUUGCUUAUAACUGUGAUAAGUUUCAACAACCUGGAUGUGAAGGCAGAUGUUCAUGUAAUACAGAUGUAAAUUGUGAUCCUUCAAAAGUCACAUCUCUUCAAGAAACUUCCCCUUGUCAGUUUCACAUUGUAGUUUCAGAGUUCACUACAAAUGGCACAACCACUUCUUCAAAACUUUCAUGGAAGGGGCGUGUGAAUUCAGUUGAAGUGAGAAGGAUUUUCACAAUGGGGCUUCCAUUCGAAGCAUAUCAUGCUGGGCAGAUUCUUUUUGGCCCUGAUGAUGGAUUUUUGUAUUUCAUGAUUGGUGAUGCUUCACAUGAUAACGAUCCAUACAAUUUUGCACAAAACAAAAAAUCAUUACUUGGAAAGAUACUAAGGCUCAACAUCGACAUCAUCCCAAGCGAAGAAGAAAUAAGCAGGCUUGGUUUAUGGGGAAACUAUUCAAUCCCAAAAGACAAUCCAUACACCACCACAGAUAAACAACUUGGGCCUGAAAUUUGGGCCAUGGGUUUCAGUAACCCGUGGAGGUGCAGUUUUGAUUCAGAAAGAGCUUCUGUUUUCAUAUGUGGAGACAUUGGGAAGAAUCAAUACGAAGAGAUUGAUGUAAUCAAGAAAGGCGGGAAUUACGGGUGGCGUGUUUACGAGGGUCCGGAUCCAGUACAUGUACCCUAUGCUCCUGGAGGGUACACCCCACCAAGCUCCAUAACUCCUGUAUUUCCUGUAGCAGGAUAUGGUCAUGAUAGUGUUGAUACAAAGAAAGGUCCUGCUUCAAUUAUGGCUGGCUAUAUUUACCGAUCUGCCACUGAUCCAUGCUUGUAUGGCUGGUAUAUAUACUCGGAUUUAUAUAAUUAUGCGAUAUGGGCAGCUAUUGAAACGGGUAAAAACAGUGAGAGUUUCAAGAGUUUUAGUGUUGGUUUUGGGUGUGCACAUGACUCACCCAUGCAAUGUGGGUUCAAGCCAGGGGUGCACCAGGUUCCUGAUUUGGGAGUUGCUGCCCCGAGUCGAUGUGGCUACCCUUGCUCCAAGGAAAGAUAUUUGAAUUUGACGAAAAUGCCCUCGUCUGGAACGUUAUUGUUAAUGGCUGCGGAUUUAGUGGCAUCUUUUGUCUCUUUUAUGCUGUUUGUUUUGUUAUUGAUUUCUUGA